AUGGGGUCCCUCGUUGGCCUGGCAAAGCUGUUUCGCACUUCAGCUCAACUGGUGAGAAACGACCGAAUCACUCGAGGAAGUGAUUCGGUUCAGUACGUUCACUUAAAAGAUCCGGUUGUUAUGAAUGAAUCGUUCGCGAACGAUACAACACUCAGAGAGAAGAGACUCGGCACGGCGGAGUGGAGGUGGAGUCUGAAGGUGGGGAGGGAGAAGAAAGGGGAGAGGAGGAAAACGGGGAAAGGCAGAUACAACAGAAUCGGGGGGAGGACAGUGGAUUAUUUACGCUUUAAAAGUUGCAGUAAAACAAAUUGA